UAACAGAAUGGUUUUCUACUUGGUUGAACAAAUGGGUUGGUAGGACUUGUAUAAAUUCUUAGCUGUACGAGAAUGACAAAGGAAUCAGUCCUUUGAGGUUGUUGUGGUUUGAGAAAGGAGAAUUGAGGAGAUGGCAGGUGGGUCUUUCACAACUGGUGCUGUGACCAAGGAGAGAGCAGAACAGUAUAAGGGAAGAGUCACCCCUUAUGUCAUCGUCGCUUGCAUUGUUGCUGCCACUGGGGGUUCUCUCUUUGGCUAUGAUAUUGGGAUUUCAGGUGGUGUUACAUCCAUGGAUGACUUCCUUAAAGAGUUCUUCCCUGCAGUGUACAGACAGAAAUUGCAUGCACAUGAAAAUAACUACUGCAAGUACGACAAUCAGGGUCUUGCUGCAUUUACCUCUUCUCUGUACAUUGCUGGUUUAAUUGCAUCCUUGAUGGCAUCUCCUGUGACAAGAAAGUAUGGUCGUCGAGCAAGUAUCAUAGGUGGUGGUAUCAGUUUUCUGAUUGGAUCAGCCCUCAAUGCUUCAGCUGUGAACCUCAUAAUGCUGAUAUUAGGCCGGGUCAUGCUUGGUUUUGGCAUUGGAUUUGGAAAUCAGGCUAUUCCGCUUUAUUUGUCAGAGAUGGCACCAACACACCUUCGAGGUGGUCUGAACAUGUUGUUUCAAGUUGCAACCACUCUGGGGAUUUUCACAGCUAACAUGGUGAAUUAUGGAACACAAAAGAUCAAGCCUUGGGGUUGGAGGCUGUCUCUGGGCUUGGCCGCAGUACCAGCUCUUUUGAUGACAGUGGGAGGGAUAUUUCUUUCCGACACUCCAAACAGCUUAAUCGAACGAGGAUUGAUGGAGAAAGGAAGGAAGCUGCUAGAAAGAAUCAGAGGAACCAACGAGGUUGAUGCUGAGUUCCAAGACAUGGUUGAUGCAAGCGAGUUGGCAAACUCAAUAAAGCAUCCAUUUCGUAACAUCCUUGAAAGAAGGUACAGACCAGAGUUGGUGAUGGCAAUAUUCAUGCCCACCUUUCAGAUUCUCACUGGCAUAAACUCCAUUCUCUUCUAUGCUCCGGUGUUGUUUCAAAGCAUGGGAUUUGGAGGAGAUGCUUCACUCAUCUCUUCAGCCUUGACCGGUGGAGUUCUUGCUGGUUCAACAUUCAUUUCCAUAGCAACAGUGGAUAAAUUGGGCAGGAGAGUUCUUCUUGUCAGUGGCGGAGCACAAAUGAUCACAUGCCAGGUUAUAGUGGCCAUUAUUUUAGGGGUGAAGUUUGGAGCAGACCAAGAACUGUCAAAAGGGUUUUCAAUUUUGGUGGUUGUGGUGAUUUGUCUGUUUGUUGUUGCUUUUGGGUGGUCAUGGGGUCCACUUGGGUGGACAGUGCCUAGUGAGAUAUUUCCAUUGGAAAUCAGGUCAGCAGGGCAAGGGAUCACAGUUGCAGUAAAUCUUCUGUUCACUUUCAUAAUUGCACAGGCCUUUCUUGCUCUUCUCUGCUCAUUCAAGUUUGGGAUCUUCCUCUUCUUUGCUGGGUGGAUUACCAUCAUGACCAUUUUUGUUUAUCUGUUCCUACCUGAAACCAAGGGGAUUCCCAUUGAAGAGAUGUCUUUUAUGUGGAGGAAGCACUGGUUUUGGAAAAGGAUAUGCGUCGACUGAUUCAUGUUAAACGUUGAACAGGAUUCAUGUUAGAAUGUUUAUCAAUAAAAAUUAUGAUUUACUAA